AACUGAUUUUACGGGUCAUUACAGCAUUAGGUUUUAUUUUUCCUACCUGUCAUACUACCACAACAGUCAUGAAUAAAACAAAGAUACAGCUAGAUGAAAACAACAAUGAAAUGCCACCACUGAAAAAAAGUCGAAAGAACUUGAGGGAGAUUGUAUCACAGCCUGAGACUGGAGAAACACAAUUAUGUCAUAAACAUGUAAAACAAGUCCAAAGUGAAUGGGCAUAUUUGCCUGCAGAAGUUUUGGCAAAAAUAUUUGAAUAUCUAGUAAAGCAGGAUACAGGAAUGUUACCCUGCCUUCUAAGAUUAUCUAAGGUUUGCAGACAUUGGAGAAAUACUGCUAAUAUACCAUUUUUAUGGUCAGAUUUACAUUUUGCUCCAUAUUUGGUGAAAAGUCAACAAGCAUUCAAAAAGAACAUAAAGUCAUUUGAAUUAAUGGCAGAAGCUCACUUUAGUUCUGUGGAAAGUUUAACAUGCAGUGGGUUUACCAUGAUUGCUCCAGUUCUUAUAAAAACAGUUUUGAAUUAUGCAAGAAAGAUACUAAUACUUUCAAUUCAUAGAUGUGGUUCAAUCUCAACAAAGAAUUGCCUACAAACUGUAGCAGAUCGACAUUCGUCAUCGCUCCAACAACUUUGUAUAUCUCACACAUCAAUUCCUACAUCUGAUAUCAGGAAAAUUUUGUCAGGAGCUGGCGAACAACUAACACAUCUUGAAUUAUUCAAUCCCGAAUUUCCACGUGAUAUACAAAUUUCGCUCAUCCACUUGAGGAAUCUUAACAUUCUUAAAAUUGAAUGUGGACGAUCUUUCAACAUAUCCAAUAUAAAAAGUUUAAAACAUUUGAGGGUGCUACACUUAACGAACAUGCAUUUGGAUACCAGAGGCUGUCUGGAAGUUGAAUUUCCAGAGCUAGAAGAUUUGGAUUUAUCCAUUAAUGAAUAUUGUACUGCUAACGAACCAGAUAAUCAAAUGCUUGCUUUAAUGAUGUCAAAAAGUCGCAAUAUAAGGAACGUCAAUUUGAGUAAUCGUAGAAUGGAUGUCGCCUGCUUGAUCCCCUCUCUGGAGAACUGUCUUAAAAUCGAAGUUCUUGACAUAUCAGGAUUCUAUGGAUCAAGUCUAUCUGCUCUAUUGCUUCAUCUGAGUGGAUCCUUAAAAGAAAUUCAUCUCGAUUAUUAUGAUAAUUUGAAUGCACGACUAUGUUCCUGUGCAGAUAUUCUGUAUUGGCAAUCAAUUUCUAUUCUUUCCAUGUGCCAUACCAACAUCUCAGGAAUGGUUUUAGAAAUGCUGACCUGUUUUUCAAACAUCCAAGAAUUUAAUUUGGAUGUUUGUCGUUAUCUUCCAAGAGGUUGCAGAAGAAGAUGGAAGAAAAAAGAAAUGCCCUUGUUAAAAGCACGACUGCUUGAUGCAAAUGCAUCAGAGACUUUAGCAUCUUGAUUUUAAAUGCAAGUCCUUGUUCGGGCUGUCAAUAUGGCUGUCUUCCUCACAUUUUCUACACCUCACUCAAGUCUUUAGACCAGUGUUUUGCAGACAAAAAAAUGGAUGGCAACUUAUCUACAAAAUCUGAAAAAGGCUUCCAGAGGAAUGGCCUGCAAAGGUUAUUCAUUUUCUAAGCAUUGCUUUGCAUAUUGAGGCAGGAACAAUUCACGUUUGUGUGGAGAGACUGUAGGACAUUUCAUAAACUCAAUUUGGCAAGACAGAAAAACACAAUAGGGUAUUAACAAUGGCUUAAGUUCAUCCAAAGUAAUGAGGAUCUUGAAAUAUCUAGGCCUCUUGUAUUGCUGUUUCUAUUUCAAUAGAUAUGUCAUGAGAUGUACACCAGAUUCUAACACAUGCUAUUUUACACCAAUCAUGAUUAUUGCAAGAUGUGACAAAGUGGUAAAUUUUAAAUCCUUAGUAAUCAUUGGAUAGUAUUUUUCAAUCCUGCCACUGCAUCUCAACUACCUUGAUUUAUUUAUGAACAUGAUAUUAGAAUUUAGGCAUUUUUGUGAGUGUCCAGUAUUACUUAUAAUGAGAUUACUCACAUCUUUUUACCAAUGUUCAUUUAUUAUUUAUACUUUAUUUUUAUAUUUAACUUAUACCAAUGUAAAGGUAUUUACUUUAUUUUGUAUCAAUCAAAACAGAGGCGUUCAGCUACCAAUUGUUAUCGCAAUGGGGCAAAACUUUAAAUUUUAGUGAUGCGAUGGCGGCCAUCGAAAAACUUGUUAGUUUUUACCAACUCGAAGUUCAGCUUCCAAGUGCCGCUCAUCUGCAAGAUGAUUCCCGGGUGCGAUCUUUUUAUGACUGAUUUUACAGAAUCGUGUUAUUUUUGACCCAAUCCAAAUUUGAUCCACAAUGCUAUUGUAACUAGUAGCUGGGCGUUUUUUGCACAAUAGCACCGUUUGUUUUGAUGAACCUCUAGCUUGUAUACCAAUUACCAAGUCUUUAUUAUUAAGAGCCACAUAAAUAGGUUUCGCAGGCUGGACAGUCGCUUGAGGGUUUUGUUUUGCCGUCUUCCGUGUUAGAACUUGACCUCAAACUUGUUCCUCAUACAAUCUUCAGCAAAUGCUUUUUCAAGUUUGGAAAUAUUAGUGCCAACUGCCAAUAUAUAUUUUCUUCAAAAAUCAUCUUUCGUCUGUUUUUAGCAAUCCACUGUGUGAAGUGUUUUCUCCAUGAUUAAUUCCUUUUCUUCUAUCAAAUUGUUUCUCUUUUCCACAGG